AAACUUGGCUUAUAAUGGGGUUUCCAAAUAAUGUUGGGUUCAAAAAUCGUGUCAUCGAGUGGACCAUUCGUGUAUUAAAACUGUCGGGAACUUUAUGUUCAAAAAUCAAAAAUCCUGCACAAAUAUAAUAAUCAUGCGACGAAAUCGUAUUUUAUUAUUAUUGAUUACCUUUGGCUAGUUCAUUAAGCCGCUUGUAAUUUUAAGAUACAUUCUCUUGGACCAAUAUAUUUAUAUUAUCUAAUCACAUUAAUUUAUAACUUAAUUUCUUAUCUAUUUUUUCGUCGAUGGUGCACAUAUAUUGUUGGAUUCCAUUAGCAAUAAAUCGCAACCAAAGUGUCUGUUACCAAAUUAUGAUAUUAUGAGAAUGAAAGCUUAAUGAUACUCGACUAUACAUCUUUUAAUAAGAUAAAAAAAUGGGAAAACAAAACAGCAAGUUAAAGCCUGAGGUCUUGGAAGACCUAAGACAAAAUACUGAAUUUUCUGAUGCCGAGAUUCAAGAAUGGUAUAAAGGUUUUUUAAAGGAUUGUCCAGGUGGUCAUUUGAGUGUUGAAGAAUUUAAAAAAAUUUAUGGAAAUUUUUUUCCCUAUGGUGACGCAUCUAAAUUUGCAGAACAUGUAUUUCGAACAUUUGAUGCCAACAGUGAUGGAACAAUAGAUUUCAGGGAAUUCCUCUGUGCUCUGUCAGUCACGUCACGUGGAAAGUUGGAACAGAAACUUAAGUGGGCCUUCAGCAUGUACGACCUAGAUGGCAAUGGGUUCAUUUCACGACAAGAAAUGCUGGAAAUUGUUACGGCCAUUUAUAAGAUGGUAGGUACUGUAAUGAAAAUGCCUGAAGAUGAAUCGACGCCAGAGAAGAGGACAGAUAAAAUAUUUAGGCAAAUGGACAAGAACAAUGAUGGCCGUUUAUCAUUGGAGGAGUUUAUUGAAGGUGCCAAAAGUGAUCCAUCUAUCGUUCGACUAUUGCAGUGUAAUCAUGCCGUCCAGUAGGGCUUUACAAUAAGCAUUACACUGAAUUUGCCUACCUUUUAACUAAAGUCACAUAAUGUUUAGACUUCUCUAUUUUUUUGUCUUUUACUUUCGUUAAUUUUAAAUCCCAAAUGGAUUUCAUCUACCAAAAAGCUUCAAUCAAACAUCAAUACGUGUGCUCUAAUUUUUAAUGCUUAUAACGUUUGACAAAGUAUAAUACACAUUUUUUUCCCCGACUUAUUAAUUUUUAAAAUCUGCAUAUUGGCAUAUUGCAUACUAUUUCAAUCAAUAAUAAAUUAUUAAACAUCACAGAUACAUGUGGCGUUAUAAAACACGUGUUGAUGAUUUAUGAUAAAACAAAUUUAUUGUUUUUACUGUGAUAUAUUCUUAAAAAAUUUUCAAUUUUGAUCUUCCUUAUCAAUACAAUGUAUUAUUAUUAUUAUAUUCGUUGGGCAAGAAUAUU